AUUGACAGUCGUUUGACAGUUAUUGACGUCUUGAUGUCAGUUCAUAAAAUGUAGCAACAGCGAACACAAAUCCGAGAUUUCAUUGCCGUUUAAAAAUAAGAGUUGUUUUCGAAUAGGAACAAACAUGGAAUAUACAACGGAAAAUUUAGAAAAAGCCGUAACUUUAUUUUAUAGGACCGAAGCUGGACAGCAGGCCGAAGCCCACCAUUGGUUAACAGAAGCCCAAAAUUCGCCACAAGCUUGGAGUUUUGUGUGGGAAUUGUUGAGUCCCCAUCGGAAUUCAGAAGUGCAGUUCUUUGCGGCUACCACUCUACACACUAAGUUGAUGAAGCACUGGAAUGAAGUGCCCGAAGAUCACUAUGAACUCUUGAAAAAGCGGAUUUUGGAGGCUAUUAUUAAUUACGCGAUGGGGCCUAAGAUCGUUUUGAACCGACUUUGUAUUACAUUAUCUGCUUAUAUUAUUCAUACUGUUCCUGCACACUGGCCCAACGCUUUUGAGGAGCUGGUGUCGAGUUUUCAGCCUCACCAUCUGCCAAGUGUUGAGCCUGAGAGAGUGAUAUGGAUACUUCUAGAGAUACUUACUGUGAUACCUGAAGAGUUUCAAAGUACCUUAUUAGCCAUAAGCCAAAGAAUGAGGGUACGAACGGUCCUCCAAGACGUCUCAAAAGACAUCCUCAAAGUCGUAGAAAUGUGUCUGACGCCCCUUCCGACCACUGGUUUUGAAAUGACAAACUUGACAACGUAUUUAAACGCAGCUAGAUGUGCUUCAGCGUGGAUUCAACUAGGGGGCUUAAACAUCGACGAUUGCACUUCAGUGAUGAACCUACUAAUCAAUUUGACGUGUUUUGCUUACUGGAACAAAAUGGACCCUGAAUGCAUGUCUUCGGAAGAAAUGGAGCUCAUGGAGGUCACAGUGGAGGCGUUGACGGCGAUAAUCCAGCACCCGCACACCAACAGGUACCAAGGUCUGGUGAUGAAGUGUAGCGCGGACAUGCUAUACAAGUUCGAAAAAAUUUUAGAGUGUGAAAGAAAUAGUCCUGAGUGUAAUAAAGACAUCGUUGCUAUAUUGUACGGGCUUUUGGUGACUAUAGCUGACGUCCAUUCGAAGAUAUUCAUCAACAAUUUAAAAUCCGCGGAUCCUGAGGAGCAGCGGAUUAGUUUUGACCUUUUUAACUCGAUUCUGAAGUGUACUAAUCUGCCGGGGUUGUACCCGGUGGACGAGUCCAGCAGCACUCUCACUUUCGGUUUUUGGUAUACCUUACAAGACGACAUUUUGUCGCUCGAGACGGCCGAGUGUGCACAACUUCUCCUCAUGAUCAAACCCUACUACCGCGAUUUGGUUUGUAUUAUGUUGCGAAAAUCGAUGUACCCUCUUAACGAAGACGGUGAUUGGUCCCUCGACGACAAAGAAGUCUUCAGGUGCUACCGCCAAGACAUCGCCGACACAUUUAUCUACUGCUACAACGUUCUAAACCUGGAAAUGCUCGACAUUCUAAACACGAAACUCGUGGAAGCGCUACAUAAAAAUAACGCCACUGGAUUGUCGUCGCACAUCCAGUGGAACGAAGUCGAGACGUGUCUUCACGCUUUCGGCGCCAUCGCCGAAUCCAUAGAACUAGAAAAUUUGUAUUUGCCGAAAUUGAUGAUCACGAUCAAGGAAAUACCCUUCAGGGAGUUACACAGGAAGGUGAUGGCGUCAGCGCUAGAAACCGUGGGUUCGUACUCGGACUGGAUCACCGAACAUCCAGAAAUGCUGGAAAACGUGCUGCCGUUGGUUAUUUCGGCUUUGGAUAAGCCGGAAGUCGCCACUAGUGCGACGAUGGCCUUGAAGGAUUUGACCCACAGCUGUCAAAAGUAUUUGUUGCCGUAUGCAGACCACAUUUUGAUUGCUGCGCAGGCGGCGCUUCAAGGAGGCACGUUAAAACUAGCAGAAUGUAGUCGACUUAUGUACAGUAUAGGAAAAGUUUUAAGUAUUUUACCGAUUCCACGCAUAAUGGAGUAUUUGAAUAUUAUAUUAGCGCCGUCUUUUAAAGAAAUUCAAGAACUGCUAAACGUAGACCCCUCACCCGCUGUUAAAACUUCGCUCAUAACCCGACUGAAAGUCCUGUCGUCUCUAUUUAAUUCCCUGUGUGUGAAAAAGCCGCAAACUCAAAUCAUAGAACAACCGACGGUGCUUGUGAUGCAGAACACGAUGCCUUUGUACAAAGUGAUUGGCGAAAAGUAUGGUACAAGUAAUGACGUGAUGGAAGAACUGAGUGUUCUUUUUAAAUACGUGGUGACGACGUUGUUGGAUGAUUGCACGCCGCUUAUUAACGAUAUUCUUCAGUUAGUCGUAACGGUAUACCGCGAAUGUCCGCAAUCAAAUAUACUGAUGGUUGCCAAAACAGUAGUGAUAAUGUUCGGAAACGAAGAUCAAUUCAGAGCUAUAAUGCACCAACUGCUGCACGAAAUCGUGACCACGACCCUUCAGAUGUGCGCUCAAUUGAACAGUGCCAACCAGUUGGCAGAAAAGACAGACGUUUUGGAAGGGUUUUUCGCGAUGAUGGCGCAACUGUAUAAAAAGAUUCCGCAGGUAGUGUUCGCUAGUGGGUUAGAUACAGCUGCGCUUUUCCAGUGUGCCGUUUUGUGUUUGUCUCUGCCGGAAGCGCAGACGCUGAAGUUGUGCGCCAGUUUUUUAGUGAAUUUCAUAUCGCAGAGUCGCGAUACGGCUCAAGCUAGUGUUGUUCAAAAUUAUGGCGAGAGUUUGGUUUUGCGAAUACUUUUGAACUUAGGUAGUACAGCGCCGAGGUCGUCCGUCGAUAUAUUCAGUGAUCUAUUACUUGCUUUAAAUAAGAAAUACUGUGAUAAUCUUAGUAGGUGGUUGAAUACGCUGUUGGCGCAGGAAGAUUUUCCGUCGCCGAGGAUUUCCAGGCAACAAAAAGAGCACUUUAUCAGACAAGUUUUAAGAGAAAAAGCAAAUAAGCGGAAACUAUGUGAUUCGGUUCUAGAGUUCACUUUAAUUUGCAGAGGGAUUUUGAGGGAGGAUCCAAACAUGCCAUAAAAAACUACCAUCUCCAAAGGUAUGAGUAUACCGUCAUCGUCGUCCAUAUACCCGUAGUAGUCCGCAUCGAUAUCCUUCAUCAUCUCCGCCCGCGUUUUCCUGGGAGGAGGCGGUGGCUCUUGCUCAAACAACUCCCGGACUCCUGCAGCGUAAAGACAAUACUCCACUAUACUAAACACAAUCAUUUUUCGAAGGAGAGCUACGAUUCAAAUGUGAUGUUUUCUCGUUACCAACCAACUUGAAAUUCCAUAGACCGUUUUUUAAUUGUUUGAAGUUUCUUUCGUGUAGAUGAAUUAACAUUUGAAUAAAACAUGAAAAUCA